AUGUCUAACCAAAUGGCGGUGACCCCGCUUAUCAUCAACAAUGAGUCUGUCGAGACGGAUACCAAGUUCGAGGUCUACGCCCCUGCGACCGGCGAGCUGAACGGCUACGCUGCGGGCAUCUCUGCCGAGGAGGCAAAGCGCGCAGUCGACGUUGCUCAGGCUGCUUUCCCCGCAUGGAAGAAGACCAAGUACAAUGAGCGCCGUGAGAUCCUGCUGAAGGCCGCUGAGAUCAUGGAGUCGCGCAAAGAGGAAUUCAUCCAGUAUCAGCGCGAAGAGACCGGUGCUGGCCGUCCCUUCUGUGAAGUGACUUUUGGCAUGGGUGUUGAAUUCAUCCGUGAUUUUGCUGGCCGUAUCUCCUCCAUCCAGGGUAUUGUGCCUAACGUCAACCGCGAGGGUGAGGGUUCUAUCGUGUACAAAGAGCCAUAUGGAGUGAUCCUGUCAAUUGCGCCUUGGAAUGCGCCUUUCAUCCUUGGUGUCCGUGCGGUUGCCCAACCCCUGGGCGCUGGUAACACAGUUGUCCUCAAGGGUUCCGAACUCUCGCCCAAGUGCUUCUGGGCUAUUGGCGAUGUCUUCUGGCAAGCUGGGCUUCCCGCUGGAUGUCUGAAUGUCAUCGUCCACCAGCCCUCUGACGCUGUGGCGGUCACCAACGCCUUGAUCAGCCACCCUGCCGUCCGCAAGGUCAAUUUCACCGGUAGCACCAAUGUCGGCUCCAUCAUUGCUUCCACUGCGGGCAAGUACAUCAAGCCUGUGCUGCUCGAGCUGGGUGGCAAGGCGUCGGCGGUCGUUUUGGACGACGCGGACCUCGACAAGGCCGCCAUGAACUGCGCCAUUGGUUCCUUCUUGCACUCCGGACAAAUUUGUAUGUCGACCGAGCGCAUCGUUGUCCAGCGCUCCAUCGCCGACGAAUUCCGCCAAAAGCUCGCUGCCACAGCCGAGAAGCUGUUCGGUAAGGAAGCGCCUGUCCCCGUGUUGGUCAACUCUGCCGCUGCAGCCAAGAACAAGAAGCUCGUCGGCGACGCUGUGUCGCGCGGUGCGACCCUCCUGUUUGGCAACGGCGAUGCCACCGAGUCGACCGACGCCGCCAUGCGCCCGAUCAUUGUCGACAACGUGACCAAGGAGAUGGACAUCUACGCGACCGAGUCGUUCGGUCCGACCGUGUCACUCAUUGUGGUCGACACCGAAGAAGACGCGAUCGCACUGGCCAAUGACACAGAAUACGGCCUCACCGCAGCGGUCUACACACAGAACCUGUUCCGCGGAUUGCGGGUGGCUAAGGAAAUCGACUCGGGCGCCGUCCACAUCAACUCCAUGACCGUUCACGACGAAUCAGUCCUGCCCCACGGUGGAUGGAAGAGCAGUGGCUUUGGUCGCUUCGGAGGCGUAGCGGGCUUUGAGGAGUUCCUUCAAAGCAAGUCUGUAACCUGGCAUGAAUAG